GACACCUUUGGGGACAAGGAAACCACGCAAAAUAUAAAGAGACCAUCCGCCAUCUUUCCCUUGCAACUAAUUUCCCUCUCUGUCUUCACUACCCAUUGAACCCCAUCUCUCUACCUUCCCCCACAGUUGCUCCGCCGCCCCCACACCGUAAUACCAAAAUGCCUCUCUCUGCUACCUGAUAGGCGGAAGAAGACAGAUAUUUUUCUUUUUAUUUUCCCUUUGGAACCAAACAAGAGAAAAUCCUUUUCUUUCUUACUUUCCUCUCAUUUUUUUUUAGAACCAAACAUCAAUCCACCCCGCACAAAUGGCGUCUACAUCUUCUCCACAAACGGAGGAGCCUUUUCCAUAUCCGUUAGGAGUCAACGUGGCGGACUCCUUCACCCUAAGGCUCUGCGCAACAAACUACUUCGCGUGGAAGCAACUAAUGCUCAGGUUCUUGGAGAGUCAUAAACUUAGUGGCUUUGUUGACGGCACCAUUAAUCCGCCGAAGAAGCCGCCUCCGCUUUGGGAGUCUUCGCUUUUGUUAGAGGAGCGUUGGGAGGAGGAGCAGGAGACGAGGGAGAAGAAGCGUCAGGAGGAUUGGAAUCAACAGCAUAUGCACCAGGAGGCGGAGACUCAGAGUCUGGUGGAUUGGGUGCAGGAGCGGGAGCUGAAGCAGAAGCGUCGGGAAGGGGAGUGGGAGGAGAGUCUGGAGGAGCAGGAGCGUUGGCAGGAGUGGCUGCGUCGGAAGGAGUGGGGUCGGGAGUGCGUUCGUCGGAGGGAGCGGAUGCUGGAGCGGAAGGAGGAGGAGCGGAAGGAACGGGAGGAGCACCGUACAUACACGGGGUGGAAGAGAUCGGACGAUCUAGUAAGGGGAUGGAUACUAGCGACGGUGGUAGAGGAAUUACUGCCACAAGUGAUGAACCUGGUAACUGCUCGAGAGGUUUGGAUUAAGCUCGGGAAAAUACUUACCCCAGCUUUUCAACCAUCUCACCUUAAACUAUAUGACAUUGCUUUAAAAGUUCUUAAAGGCAACAGAGAGUUAGCAUCCAUGGAACCCUCCCCAUUGGUGGUAAUGGCUCAAAAGCGCACUUCAUUCCUUAGUGGAACCAGCUUGAACUUGUUGGAGCGCUUAAUCUAUUAUGUCAUUCCUUUGAAAUUGGAAGACAUUGCAAACCAACCUCAAAGAAGCAACAUUGACAGUAUUGUCGAGUCUCCUCAAAGAAGCAACAUUGUCGAGCCUCCUCAAAGAAGCUACAUUGAAAGUAUUGUCGAGCCUCCUCAAAGAAACGACAUUGACAGUAUUGUCGAGCCUCCUCAAAGAAGCGACAUUGAAAGUAUUGUCGAGCCUGUAGUUUCUUCUUCGAUUUCUGUCAAAGGGAUGCAAAAAUUGAAGGGACCGUUUUGGGCUGUCGUCGAAAAACUUGUACCACCGAUAAAAUCCGUUUGGGAGACCAAAGUGUUGCACAUCCAAGCACUCAAUCUCGUCAAAUGGCUUUGCCAUUAUGUAGAGGAAACCGACUCCCCGAAUGUUGCGGAAAUCUUAACAGAGCCGCUUAGGAACGCGACGUGCGUGGGGAUCCAUGAGAUCGUGGAGGAGAUUUUGGAGUCGUUCCCCAGCGCAAUUCACUUGAAGAGCGAGAAGGAUCAGUCCCUAUUCCACCUCGCGAUUGUGUACCGCCGGGAGAACGUUUUCAACCUCAUUUAUCAAAUGGAGGAGGACCGUUGUGCAUUUUUGUCAAUGCCAGAUGCGUCGACAAACAACGCGCUGCACUUGGCUGGGAAUCUGACACCACAACAAUACCUAUUGCUUCGAGCAAGUGCUGCUGGUGCCGCUCUACAGAUGCAGCGUGAAUUACAAUGGUUUGAGGAAGUAGGAAAGUGGAUGCUGCCCCAAGCCAGAGAACACAUGAACGCAGACGGAAAAACCCCUCAAGAAGUAUUUACAGACACACACAAGGACUUGGUCAAAGAAGGAGAACGGUGGAUGAGAGACACCGCCAAUUCCUGCACUAUCGUGGCGGCCUUGAUCACGACAAUAGUAUUUGCGGCCGCCAUCACUGUCCCAGGGGGUUCCUUCAGCGACAGCGGUUCCGACAAAAAAGGUCUCCCUAUAAGAUUGGGAGGCCGAGCCUUUACCGUGUUUGGCGUAUCAGACGCGCUCGCCAUGUUCUCCUCAUCCGCUUCUUUGUUGAUGUUCUUGUCCAUCCUCACGUGUCGCUAUGGGGAAGAGGAUUUUCGGUAUUCCUUGCCCAGGAGAUUGAUUAUUGGGCUGGUGACUCUAUUCCUCUCCAUUAUAUCCAUGAUGGUUGCAUUUGGUGCGACAUUAAAAAUUGUAUUUGGGGAAAAGAUGGCGUGGCUGCUUUAUCCUGUGGCUGCUUUAUCCUCUGCACCCGUCGCCUUGUUUGCGUUGUGGCAAUUUCCGUUACUCUAUACUAUGAUCAAAUCCACUUACUUUCCAGGCAUAUUCGGGAAGAAGAGUAAUCGCAUUCUGCACUAAAGGGAAGAAAAUAAUGAGGGAGCCGCAGGAGACAAAAGCUUUUGGAGGUGGUCUUAUUGUCCUAUUCUCGAUCUCGGUUCUGGUAAUUAAGUAUCCGUAAUCUUGUUUGUUCCCUUUACUUGGAUCACCAACCGUUGACAGAAAUAAUGAGUUUUGGGGUUGCACAUUCUUUUGUUCGUGAUAGUAUGUCUAAUUGGGUUUGAUGUUGGUGGUGUGCAUUUGAGAGAAAGAGAGAGAUCGGCGCAUUCUUCUUUGGUGUUGGUUUGUGUGUUGUGGUGCACGUUGCAUUGAUCUGAUGUUGUUGAGAAUUGGUAGUGUUGGAGAUUAGUGGGGGAUAAUGAUAUAGUACUAAUACUACAUGAUUUGCCA